AUGCCUUUCUUGGUUGGACCAACCCAACCGGCGCGAUUUUCCGACAAGUCUUUCUUCAUUUUUCUUGAAAGAAGCGGAACUACAGGGAUGAAAUUCAAAGUGUUUCUGACUCUGACGCCCAACAGCCCACUUGAGCAAUUUGCCAUUCUCCCAUUGAUUCCUAUGCAUAUAGGAAACUUUUAUUUCUCAUUCACAAAUCCAUCUUUGUUUAUGCUGCUCACUCUCAGUUUGGUCCUACUUCUGCUUCAUUUUGUUACUAAAAACGGAGGAGGAAACUCAGUACCAAAUGCUUGGCAAUCCUUGGUAGAGCUUAUUUAUGAUUUCGUCCCGAACCUGGUAAACGAACAAAUAGGUGGUCUUUCCGGAAAUGUGAAACAAAAGUUUUUCCCUCGCAUCUCGGUCACUUUGACUUUUUCGUUAUUUCGUAAUCCCCAGGGUAUGAUACCUUAUAGCUUCACAGUGACAAGUCAUUUUCUCAUUACUUUGGGUCUCUCAUUUUCUCUUUUUAUUGGUAUUACUAUAGUGGGAUUUCAAAGAAAUGGGCUUCAUUUUUUCAGUUUUUUAUUACCCGCAGGAGUCCCACUGCCAUUAGCACCUUUUUUAGUACUCCUUGAGCUAAUCCCUCAUUGUUUUCGCGCAUUAAGCUCAGGAAUACGUUUAUUUGCUAAUAUGAUGGCCGGUCAUAGUUCAGUAAAGAUUUUAAGUGGGUCCGCUUGGACUAUGCUAUGUAUGAAUAAUCUUCUCUAUUUCAUAGGAGAUCCUGGUCCUUUAUUUAUAGUUCUUGCAUUAACCGGUUUGGAAUUAGGUGUAGCUAUAUCACAAGCUCAUGUUUCUACGAUCUCAAUCUGUAUUUACUUGAAUGAUGCUACAAAUCUCCAUCAAAAUGGUUAUUUAUUUAUAAUUGAACAAAAGCGAGGCUCCGUAAGGUUAUUCUUUAUAUGGAUUUCUUUCGUUGCACUCCUGAAUUUAUGAGAAUUCAGUCCUUUCGCUUUCUUUAUGAAAUUCCUUGUUCAUUGACUCCUUAUCAGUCGACUUUCUUCGAACCUUACUAUUUGGAGAGUGAUUUCUGAAAAUCAAGGGCUCCUGAAAAUAUUCUCAUUCAGUCCUUUCGCUUUCUUUAUGAAAUUCCUUGUUCAUUGACUCCUUUUAGACAAAUACAAAGAGAGAUGCCCGUCCUUUUGACUCAAGAUUCCAUAUUAAGCGAACCUCUUCCACUCGCAAAGAUCAUUCUUUCGAUCAUUCUUUGAGCCUUGGACUGAUUUUGACAUAUGAAAUUUCUUCUUUUUCUUAGCUCAAAUGAAGAAAAAGCUAGGGCUCGACUGAUAAGGAGAGCAAACCAC